AUGUGCGGGAUCAUUGCGAUACUGCUACAGGAGGGUCACGUAGCUACGGAGCUGCACGAAGGUCUGGGUGUGCUUCAGCACCGUGGCCAGGAUGCAGCAGGUAUCGUGACGUGUGGUCCGAAAGGCCGCUUUUUCCAGGUCAAGGGCAAUGGUAUGGUCCGUGAUGUGUUCGACCCGAGCAAUGUUGCGAAUUUGAUCGGCUCGAUGGGCGUAGGACAUGUGCGCUACCCGACGGCCGGAUCGUUUGCGCAUGCCGAGGCCCAGCCAUUUUAUGUCAACAGCCCGUAUGGCAUUGUCAUGGCACACAACGGCAACACCGUGAACCAAACCGAGCUGCGCACGAUGCUCGACUCCGAAGCGCAUCGGCAUGUGAAUACGGACUCGGACUCGGAGCUCCUACUGAAUGUGUUUGCGAAUCACCUUCAGCGCACGGGCAAGUUCCGUAUCAACGAAGAGGAUCUGUUCACGGCUCUCGAGGCCAUGAUGAACGAGACGGUGGGUGCGUAUACGUGUGUCGCCAUGCUCGCUGGCUUUGGCGUGAUGGCGUUCCGUGAUCCGCACGGCAUUCGUCCCAUCGGUAUGUGCCGCCGAAAGUCAGAUUGUCCGCAGGCCGGCAGCCACGGCUACGACUACUGCUUUGCCAGCGAGAGUGUCGUGGCCGACUCGCUUGGAUUCAGUGAAUUUGAGGAUAUCAAGCCUGGUGAAGCUGUCAUCGUCACGCCCCAAAAUGUCACGCGCCGCACGCUCGUCACGAAGCCGGCACCCAACACGUUCACGCCCGACAUUUUCGAAUACGUCUACUUUGCCCGGCCCGACAGUGUGAUUGACGGUGUAAGUGUGUACCGAAGCCGCAUGGCGAUGGGCGAUCGACUGGCGCAGCAGGUGCAGCAGGAGCUGCUGAGCAAGGGCGAGCAGAUUGAUGUGGUCAUCCCCGUGCCGGACACGUCGCGGGUGGCUGCGUUGCAGCUGGCGCAGACGUUGCAUAUUCCGUAUCGCGAAGGCUUUGUGAAAAAUCGGUACAUUGGCCGCACCUUCAUUAUGCCUGGUCAGGGCAUGCGCCGCAAGAAUGUGCGCCGGAAGCUCAAUGCUAUGGCCCUCGAGUUUGCCGGCAAGAGCGUCCUCCUCGUUGACGACAGUAUCGUGCGUGGCACUACGUCGCGAGAGAUCAUCCAGAUGGCGCGCGAUGUCGGUGCCCGCAAGGUGUUUAUGGCGAGCUGUGCGCCGCCGAUCCGGCACUCGAACGUGUACGGCAUCGACAUGCCGAGUCGGAACGAGCUCGUCGCCUACAACCGCUCGGUGGAAGAGGUGGCUGCCACGAUUCAAGCCGACGCCGUCAUCUACCAGUCGCUGGAGCAGCUCGUGGACUGUGUGCGGUCCCUCAACCCAGCGAUCACCAAGUUCGACUGCUCCAUCUUUGACGGCGCCUACGUGACGGGUGGCGUGGACGAGGCAUACCUCUCGUCCCUCGAAAAGGCGCGCGCAGACAAUGAGCGCAGCAAGAAGGCCGCCUCUUUCCUGACGCCGCAUCCAGCGCCCGAGAGCAUUGUGAGCUGCAGUGGCCCCAUGAAUGGCGCGGAAGAUAUCGGCCUGUACAACGGACGUACUCGUUAA